AUGGACGUCCCCUCGCUCUCGCAAUCCUCGGUAUUCCGUCCCCGCAGAUCCGAUGACUGGCACGAAUAUCGCGAGAUCAUCGAGCAGCUCUACCGCAACGACCAGCUGAAACUGCGCGAUGUCAAACGCAUCAUGGAGCGGGAUUACAAGUUCUACGCCUCAGAAAAACAAUACAAAGACCGCCUCGCCGCAUGGCAUGUCCGCAAAAACAUCAAGGCCAAGGAAGUCCACCUGAUGAUCCGCAAGCAACAGAAGCGCGCUGCCCAGGGCAAGCAGACUGCGUUCCGCGUGAAUGGUCAGGACGUGGAUCCCAAGCGUAUUGCCCGCUUUGUUCGCCGCUAUGGGUCUGCGUGGGAUGAUCGAGGCAAAGAUCCGAGGCAGCAAAGCCCUGAGCCGCAAACCCCCUCCGAUAUGACCUGCUAUACCCCCGAACCUGCCGAGGAGGCAGCCACGCCGAUAUCUCCGCUGGAGAUCCAGUCGCCGACGCGGGAGAUGGGUGCAUAUCCACUUACUUAUGACCCAACCCGCCUCGAAACAAUCCCCGACCUAAUCAUCGACGACGACCCCAACUUCCCCCUAACCAUGCACCAUCCCCAACCAAGCCACCCCUACCAACACUCAUCCCAUUACCAUCAUCAUCAGCACCACCCCGCCAACCCGCUAUCCGGCCCCUCAGUCCCCAUAGCCCACGAAGACGAAGACGCCCCGGGUGAAGACGAGCCGCACCCGGAUGAAUGGAACCGGCUCGAUGCAUUCCAGACCCGGCUCGAGGGCCUGCAGUAUACGCUGAACAGGACGAUGUCCAAGUGGGCGCGUGAUCAGGAUCCGAGUCAUGAUGGUGCUCAUCAUGAAGGGUUGGGGAUGUGA